CUAAUUAUUACAAUGGCAAGCCAAUUCAAAGUUGUGUUGAUCUUCACCAUGGCUGUAUCUUCUUUCCUUUCCUCCUCCGUUGCGCAGCAAACCUGCUCCUCCUACACCUUCUCUAACAACAAGGCUUUCAACUCGUGCACCGAACUCCCCCAUCUUGGGGCCUCGCUUUACUACACCCUCGCCCCUUCGUCCGACACCAUCAACGUUGCGUUCAAAGCUCCGCAAUCCUCCGAUGGGUGGGUCGCCUGGGGACUAAACCCUAAGAGCACGAAGAUGGUUGGUUCCCAAGCCAUCGUCGCCUUCUUCCACUCCAACGGUAGCAUGAUUGCGUACCCGACGCAGCUCGACAGCUACGCGCCCUCGAUGGCCCCUGAAGAUCUGAGCUUUCCGGUCUCCGACAUGGCGGCAGAGUAUGUGAAGAAUGAGAUGAUCAUCUACGCCACAUUGAAGCUCCCAGGAGGGAGCACAAAGUUCAACCAUGUUUGGCAGGAAGGGAGCAGUGUGGCAAAUGAUGUCCCCCAAGCUCACUCCACUAGUGGUGGCAACAUUGAAUCCCUAGGAACCAUUGAUUUCCAGUGAGUUAUAAGCUUCACAGCUAAAGGACAGAUACAUACUCAAUAUAUAUUAGUAUUAGUGAGGAGGAUAAGUGCCAAUACCUUUCAUUUUCUGGAGGUUUAGGGCACAGUUGUCACACACUUUGUCAGGUUACAGCUUGCAUUUCCUAUAUGUAACUCACUAUGGGGUGGACUAGAUAUUACAUAUAUAUAUGUUUCUCUACAACACCUUAUUUUAAGAUUUCUCCUUGGCAUCAUUUACAAUCAA